CCGUCUAAGCCAGUGUCUUACCUGCUCAGCGGACCAGAGGGGCUUUGCCCGGAGCAAGGGACUGGCCACGCAGGACCGCGGGGCGGGAAGGAGCCGCCUGGAGUCCGGGGGGCGGGACGCGCGGGCGGACGGGGCGGCCCGGGGUGGGGCGCCGCCCCGGUGUCUCGGCGCACACCCGGAAGCGGCGCGAGUGGCACGGAGCCUGGCGGGCGUGGGAACCCAGGCCCAGCCGAGGCGGCGAGGAGGUGAGAUGGCUGCUGGGCAAAAUGGGCGUGAAGAGUGGGUGGGCAGCGCAUACCUGUUUGUGGAGUCCUCGCUGGACAAGGUGGUCCUGUCGGAUGCCUACGCGCACCCCCAGCAGAAGGUGGCGGUGUACAGGGCACUGCAGACUGCAUUGGCAGAGAGCGGCGGGAGCCGGGACGUGCUGCAGAUGCUCAAGAUCCACCGCAGCGACCCGCAGCUGAUUGUGCAGGUGCGAUUCUGCGGGCGCCAGCCCUGCGGGCGCUUCCUCCGCGCCUACCGCGAGGGGGCGCUGCGCGCCGCGCUGCAGAGGAGCUUGGCGGCCGCGCUGGCCCGGGACGCCGUGCCGCUGCAACUGGAGCUGCGCGCCGGCGGCGAGCGGCUGGACGCUUUGCUGACCGACGAAGAACGCUGUUUGAGCUGCAUCUUAGCCCAGAAGGUGCGGCCGGGCUGGGGUGAGGACGGGUGGGGCGGGGAUCCGCGGCCAGGGCCCCCACUGACGGCUCGUCCCUUCUCCCAGCCCGACCGGCUGCGGGACGAGGAGCUCGCUGAGCUGGAGAAUGCGCUGCGGAAUCUGACGUGCGGCUCGGGGGGCCAGGGCGGCGACGUGGAGGUCGCACCAGUCCCUUCGCAGUCCCUGGUCCCCUCUCUGCCGGAGGAGAAGCCGCCGCCGCAGUCUGGCCAGACUUUUCUGUUCCAGGGUCAGCCCAUAGUGAACCGGCCUCUGAGCCUGCAGGACCAACAGACGUUCGCGCGGUCGGUGGGCCUCAAAUGGCGCAAGGUGGGGCGCUCCCUGCAGCGGAGCUGUCGGGCGCUGCGGGAUCCCGCACUCGACUCGCUGGCCUACGAGUAUGAGCGCGAGGGGCUGUACGAGCAGGCCUUCCAGCUGCUGCGGCGCUUCGUGCAGGCCGAGGGCCGGCGCGCCACACUGCAGCGCCUGGUGGAGGCGCUCGAGGAGAACGAGCUCACCAGCCUGGCGGAGGACCUGCUGGGCCUGGCGGAUCCCAAUGGCAGCCUGGCCUAGGCCACGUGCCCAGGCAGGGUUCGGAGCACCUGGAUGACCCUAGGGUCCCUUCUGCUGCUAUUGCUGACCCCCCUGUCUAUCCACGGGACUCUGAGACCCCACUUGGCCUAUUUGCUGGAGCUGCUGAAGCAGAGUUGACUGCCUUCCCCAGGAGCCAGCCAGGCACCCACCCAGUGGGGGUGCAGCCAAGCACCGUUGGGGAUUCUGCCAGAGAUACCUUGAUAGAGACACAGUGUGUGGGUGACCUGGUGGAGAUCAGCCUCACCCUCUCCUACCCCAGCAGAGGGACAUCCCGCCAGCCCUUACCUCUUCACGAUCAUGAAGCGCCUAUACCUUCCGUGUCCCGGGCAUCAUCCUGGGUGCUGCAAAUACUGUGGUGAUCGAAGUACACGAACCCAUCCUGCCUGCCCUCAGCCCACACUGAGUGUGGGACCCCAAAUAUUAGGCAACGGUAAUAAAGUGUUAACUUUUUAA